AUGGUAAAAUUUUUGAAGGCUUCAAAUGCAUGUUUUUUGCUGGUGGUAGUGACUUUAUGCUUAACUAUUUAUUCAUACAACUUUUCUUCAUAUUAUGAAAAAAUCUGUGUCGAUGAAUCAACAUCUGUUGCUAAAAACUUAGGAUUUUCAAGUUUUUCCAAAAAAAUUAGACAUCAGUUUGACAAAUUAACCAAGAACAAAGUUAAUUCCAAGAAUCCGAAUCUGAUCGCCUACCUCAAAAACAUAAUACGACCUCCAAAUGACAAUAAACUGAAAAAGUGGAAUUUUAUGGUUAAAACUCCGCAAGCUGAAGAAAUAGAUAACAUUUUAAAAAAAAAAAAUGGGUUUUUCGUAGAAGCAGGAGGAUUUGAUGGCGAAACAGCAUCCAACACGUUGUUUCUCGAGGUGGAACGGGGCUGGACAGGAUUGCUCAUUGAACCUGAUCCUUACUUUUAUACACAACUGGUUGGAAAAAACAGAAAUGUCUGGUCCAUUAAUGCCUGUAUAAGUCCUUUCAAUUAUACAUCAAAACUUUAUUUACAAGAAAGUUUUGGACAACUUGGAAGAUUACAUGAAUACAAAAGCACUGAGUUUAUAACUGAAGUUCCCUGUUUUCCGCUGGAAUCAAUGUUACUCGCAUUAGAAAGAAAAUCUGUUGACUUUUUAAGUCUAGAUGUGGAAGGCGAUGAAGUGCCAAUUUUAAAAUCGAUAAACUUUGACGAAAUUGACAUCAAAACGCUGGCCGUUGAGUACAAGCAUGGCAAUCCUAAAGAAUAUCUCGAAGUGAUGGAAAAAAAUAAUUACAAUAUGACUAGAGCUAUAAAAUAUGAAAGACCUGAAAUACAUUUGUAUGUCGAAGAUUAUAUUUUUGUAAAAAAAAUAAAUUUGCAUUAA